GGUCCAGACAGAACGGAUACUCCGUCCUCUUGCUAAAGAGCACCUGUAGAAAACCAAAUAUAGCAGAAAAUAUCCCCUGCCCGCGCGCGAGCACCUCUUACUUCGCCGCCGCCACAGCCGCCGCCACCGCUGCCGAAGAGAUGGAUUCCCGAGGCUACGAUUCCACUGGCCGCGAGUUCUCCAGCGCCACCGAGAUGUGGGCGGAAGAGAUUGGCGCCACCUCCGCCGCCCCCGCCAUGGAAGCUGAAGUCGCUCCGACCGCCGCCGCCGCCGCAAGCAACGGGGACACCGGCGACGAGGCGGGCGGAGAAGUGAAACGCAAGGACUGGUACUCCAAAGGAAUCGCCUACUGGCAGGGCGUGGAGGCGUCGACGGAGGGCGUCCUGGGAGGGUACGGGUGCGUGAACGACGCCGACGUCAAGGGCAGCGACGCCUUCCUCCGCCCUAUCCUUGCUGAGCGAUUCGGCACCGCGAAGCGCCAUCUCGUCGCGCUCGAUUGUGGCUCCGGCAUUGGGCGGGUUACUAAGAAUUUUCUUCUUAGGCAUUUCAAUGAGGUUGAUCUUGUCGAGCCAGUGUCCCAUUUUCUAGAAGCCGCACGGGAAAAUCUUACUGGAUGUAUGGAUGUAGGACAAGAUACACACAGGGCUGCUAACUUUUAUUGUAUAGCUCUUCAGGACUUCACUCCUGAUGAAGGAAGAUAUGAUGUGAUAUGGAUUCAGUGGUGCAUAGGGCAACUGACUGAUGAUGAUUUUGUUUCAUUUUUUAAUCGUGCAAAGGUUGGGCUCAAACCCGAUGGAUUUUUUGUUCUUAAAGAGAAUAUUGCUAGAAACGGAUUUGUGUUAGACAAGGAGGAUAGCAGCGUCACUAGAUCUGAUGCAUAUUUCAAGGAGCUAUUUAAAAAAUGUGGAUUGUAUAUCCAUAGUAUUAAGGACCAAAAGGAACUCCCAGAGGAAUUAUUUGCUGUCAAAAUGUAUGCAUUGGUGACCAGUCAGCCAAAAAUCCCAAAGAAUGGGAAGAGAAGGCGACCUAAAAAUUCACCUCGUGUGAUCCGCUCUUGAAAGUGCCCAGAUUAGGCUGGCUUUUGCGCCAACAUAUUUGUCUGGCAAUGUAUUGUUAUUGACUUUGUCUCAAAUUCCAAGCAACAGAAAUUUUUGCUCUGUGUACAUUUCAUUUGAACGGGCUCAAAUUUUCGGGAGAUCAAAUCCAUUCAUUUCAACUGUUGCUUGAUUAUGUUAAAAUUUUAGCAGCUAUGAUCAUGACGUUUUAUAUUC